CGGUUAAAACCCGGGACACCCUGUAUAUUAAGAACAAUUGGCAUCUCAAUGUUAGCCAUGUCAAAAUGCAAAGCGUUAUCUCUGCGACAGGCUGUCAUGGAAUUGUCCAAGGAUACGCGGAUAACUUUUUCUCGAACAAGGUCCGCGUUUUUACCUCCUGAGGCCGGGGAGCAACGUAAACGAGGUUUUCUGCCGUCUUGAAGUAAUUUUGUAAUUCCGUUCGCGUAAUACCUGUCCUUCUCACGAUCUGUUUGACGCGUAAUAGCAGAAAUCAUCGGGAUGGCGUGUAACAACGCAACGACCGGAAUGAAAAUAUGCAAUUUGCAUUCCCCUUUCGUUACUCGCUCAGGUGAGAUAUUAAAUAAACAUGAUGCAUAGAUGCAAGGCGCCGUAUGCACGUUCAUGACGUUUUCGCUUUCAAUUAGCGAGCGAGCGAGUUUGAUACGCGCGGAAUCGAGAACGUUUGGUCGCGCGAGCUUGUAGCUACUGCGUUCAUGCAAAAGUUAAAUCCAGCACGGUCAAUAACAGCGAAUUAAUAGCGGGCGUAUUAGUUUUCCCGGGUGUUCCUGUCAUCCGACACCCCCCACACCCUCGCGUCCGCCUGCAGAAGUGGUGAAAAAAAUUGGGAACCGCGUCGAAUAGAGCAAUUUCCAAAGCGCGACACAUGACACGUAUACCACCGUUCCGCGCUCAUGGCGUUAAAAAGGCGGGGUAAUCGCCGCGGGGGAACAGAAUAGAAUAAAUAUAAUUAUACGGAAAAAAUCCCCGCACUCGUGCGCUCGUUCCCUCGCGCGCUCUCUCGCUUGUCCCGCUCGCGCGCGAGAGCGUGCACGCGAGAAAUAGCGCGGGAAAGUAAUUAGCACGGUCCGCGAGCCACGUGUUUGUCGCUUCUCGACCGGCUCGGGAGGGGAUUCGAUUAAAAUCACAGUGACGUGCCGGCGUGUCAGAGUCGGGCUCAGUUUCCUUUCCGGCGUCUUUCAGAAUGACAACGGCGUCGUUGUCGCCGACGCGUGCCGAGAUCCCGCCGUCUUGUUCUCGACUCCCGUGGUUGUGACAGGUGCUUUACCAAGGUUUUGCGUACACUUGUGAUCAACGGCUGAAAGUGUAUUGAACGGACGCGCGCAAGAAAAAGCGGCAAGCUGCAAACAUGAGAUAUCAUUCGAUCGCGAUCGAAUCUUCGUGUAUUCUUCGUGCACGCGCCGUUGUCGUAGCGGCGACUAUUUUGCGCUCCGUUUAGCACCUCCGUAACAUCCGUGAGACAACGAGCGGUGUCCGAUUAAAGCGAUAAUUAACGUGACACAAAGAAGAGCAUUAUCGGAACCGGACGCAAUGGACCGCAGCAUAUUGCGACAGACGCUGAUUGGGUUCGUGUGCAGCAUCUUGAUCAUCGAUUGCGGCCUCCACGAGGGAUGGAGCACACCGACCAUACCGAAAUUCAACGGCGAGGAUCCCCUCAAUGUGACCAGCAACGAGAUCGCCUGGAUCGUGAAUCUCAUGUACGUGGGGGUCGGCAUGGGCUCGCUGGUGCCCUUCGCUUUGAUGGACAGCAUCGGACGUAAGGGAACCCUGUUGAUUACCACGAUACCGAAGAUCGUCUCCUGGAUCAUCAUCGGGGUGUCCACGUCGGUGUCGUUCAUUUACGUCGGCCGGAUACUCGCGGGCAUAGGCUGCGGCAUAACGUACGCCGUGAUGCCCAUGUACCUCGGCGAGAUCAGCAGCAAGCGGACCAGGGGCCCUUUAGGUACUUUAACGGCCGUCCUGAUCAACAUCGGGAUGCUGCUGAUCUACGCGAUCGGCCUGUGGAUCAGCCGGUUCGCCAUGGCGAUGGUGAGCGUGUGCGCGCCGGUGCUGUUUCUGGUUACCUUCAUGUGGCUGCCGGAGAGUUCGGUAUUCCUCACGCGGAAGAAUAAACUCGGGCCCGCGGAGCGGACUCUGCAGUGGACUCUGGCCAAAGACAACGUGGACGAGGAACUCGAGGAGGUCAGACGAAUCGUGGAGACCGAGGAGAAGCGCGGCCGGUUGUCCAACCGGGAGAUGAUGCGAGAGAUCGUCAGCAAGACGCAGAACCGAAGAGCCUUCCGGAUCGCUUUGAUCCUGCUGAGCGGACUGACGUUGACGGGCGCGGCGCCGAUACUCGCGUAUCAAUCAUACAUCUACAACGAGGCCGGCUUCGAGAUCUCGACCAACGCCAGCAUCAUCCUGACAGGGUUGGCGAUCGUCUUUGCAGGUAGUGCCUGCGUGUCAGUAGUACGCGCGACUGGCAAGAGGUUGCUGUUGCUGAUUGCCGCGCCAGUCUGCGUGCUGUCGUUGGCGACGAUUGCCAUCUUCUUCCAGCUGCAGGCGGCCGGAUACGACGUGUCAGGGUUCAAGUGGGUGCCCACGGUCUUCGUGGUGAUCUACGUGCUCGGUUUCGGCUUCGGCCUGAAUCCGAUCCCGCUCGCGUACAUCGGCGAGAUCUUCGGGGUGGAGGUGAAGGUGCCCGCCGCGGUGCUGAAUGCGCUUUACUAUGCCGUGAGCACCACCGCCGUUGUGAAAUUCUAUCAGGUCACGCAAGAGCUCUACGGUACGUUUGCACCAUUAUGGACGUUCACUACGAUAACGUUUCUCGUGUGGGUGUUAAUUUAUCUGUAUGUGCCCGAGACCGAAGGCAAAUCAUUGGAGGAGAUACAGAUGGACUUGCGGGAUAAGAAGUGAAGUGUCUCGAUGCUCGCAUAAAGCAGAGAAUAACCAUAGGCGAGACCCAAAGAUCGUUGCAUCUAUGUAUACGUGUUUACAACGUAAUUUUACUCAAGAUGUGUAUUAUUGUAUAUUCUUAUAAUGCAUAUACUCAUUUGUACAUAUAUAUAUGUUACGUUAAAAUAAAGUAGCAUAUUACUUUAUUUUUUAAGGUACAACUUUUAGAGAUAAUAAAGUAGCUUAAGUGAAAGUGUAGACAAUAAAAUUUCGAAGGCUUCGUUGAGGAUUUU